AUGCAACUCGCGUUGGAGUUGGCGGUUUCCGUCUUUUCCAUAGCUACAGGCUGUCUUUCGGCAGUCUGCAUGGCGCACCAAGUUACCGUGGGAACGUCCUUGACACUAGUUUCCAGUUUUAUAAUGGCAUUGAUCCAGGUUUUUCGAGCCCUAAGCACUAGCCGAGUAUCUGCCGUGGUGUCUUUGAUUGGGGGGAUGUUUUAUCUUGCAUCUGGACUAGUAUUUAUACUCCUAGAUUUGGUUGCAAACAAGUUUCAAACGACGCUAACAUUCCCACUUGUUGUGGUAUUUGCCGUCAACAUAGUCACCUGGGGCAUCUCUGUGCCUAUUUGUGACAAGCUGCAUCGUUCAUUAUCCCAAGAUAGUGAAAAAAUAAUAGAAUCAAACACCUCUGAGCCGGACUCAGACCACAACCUUCAAGUUGAUGUGCCAGAUAUCAGCAAAAAAAUCUCCGAGAAGACACUCGUGCACGGUCCUGGCUACUCUAAUAACUCCAGUGAGUCGACAUUUUCCCAGUUUCUGGCACAUUAUGUGAAAAGCGAACAGUUGGCGGAAUUCGAAAAAAAAGUCAAGCGAUCAAAGUCCACCCCAGCAUUGUCAAAGUCUACUCCAGAAUUAGGAUACACCCCAGCAUUACUCUCCAAACCCUCCAGACGAAGCAAGAAAUCGAUAGAAAACGAGAAGGUUUUUCUUCGAUGCGUUUCCCAGUCGCUUCUUCCGUCGGUACUCAAACAAGGUGAGAGCCCAAUCUUGAUGGUUAAACGCCAGCAGAUGAAACCAGACAUUGAUUCAGGUACCCAUUCCGACCAAGCCUCAAUAAACCUUCCUUAUAUUGACGAAUUUGAGGAAGAUCAUGUUCAUUUUCCAGGUUUCGACCAAGCCGAGCUCACUUCUGAACAGGCUGAAAAAUACAUGAACGGAUUGGCAAUUCCUCAAUCUAGAUCACAGCCCGUAUUGUGGAACCUGGAGACACGAAACGUCUCUGGUGGACAAGUCAAUCAUAUCAGCCAUGAGUCUUGGAAUCCACAAGCAUUCUUGGAACAUCGCAGUCGAUCUGGUGGAAAUUUAACUAUUGGUGGUUCUCGUUACGUUGGGUCCAAGUUGCGAAAUAAUAGUAGUGCUACGCUUGCACUUGACGAUACCGACGCUACGUUCUUGCUACCCAGUCAUAUCAGUAUUAUCGACAGUUUAAGUGAUUUGUCGAGCGCCAGACCUACGCUGUACAGGUCCAUGAGUGCUCCCUCUUUACACACCUUUCGCAAUGUCAGUAACGGCAGUGAAGUUCCCUCAAUCCCAGAAAACCCUACUGUUGCCAAGUUUGACUUUGGAACCGUAGAUCUUGCAAGGGUAUGUACACCCACAACUCCACAGGAAGCCACCUCAGAAUCACCACUUCGUCGUUUUAUCAAAGAUAGUCCCAAACGAAUCACCAGCGUUUUCAAGAAAAAGUCCAUGGAUUUAGGCACUUUGCCUUCCCACAAACAUAGCACGUCGGUAAUAUCGCAACAGUAUUCAAUGGCUUCCAGUAAGUCGUCUCCCCGAAAGUCCAUUAAGUCGUUAUUCAGUGGAAAUGCAGCAGGUAUGCAAACCCACCGAACCCAAGGUUCCGUGCCCGUUUUCUCGCUCCCAGUACUGGUGGCUAGAAGUGCUGAGCCCAUUGACUUCUGGGACGUGAGUACUGCUCCCAGUAGUGGAGGACCUUCUCGUGUGAGCUCUGUUCCCAGCGAUGUCAUUGGUGCUUACGACCGGGAAAAAUGGAGAACGCUCAAGCUUCGAAACGACGAUACAGGGAUGCUGUAUGGUAUUGGAGUGGACAACUUUUAG